CGCCCCCUCUCCUCCGCACGUCCGACCGUCUUCAGUCGCACUGGAGCGCCGAGCGCCGGACUCAGACUCACGCAGCGCGCAGUCAUGGCAGAAAACGCCGGCUUGGAGAACCAUCGUAUCAAGAGCUUUAAAAACAAGGGACGAGAUGUCGAGACCAUGAGAAGACAUCGGAAUGAAGUAACAGUGGAGCUGAGAAAGAACAAAAGAGAUGAACACCUAUUGAAGAAGCGAAAUGUACCGCAGGAAGAGAGCCUGGAAGACUCAGAUGUAGAUGCUGAUUUCAAAGGGCAAAAUGUAACACUAGAUGCCAUCUUACAGAACGCCACAAGUGACAACGCAGUAGUACAGCUCAGUGCUGUUCAGGCAGCCAGGAAACUGCUUUCCAGUGACAGAAAUCCUCCCAUUGACGACCUGAUCAAAUCAGGAAUACUGCCCAUCCUCGUGAAAUGCCUGGAGAGGGAUGACAAUCCUUCCUUGCAGUUUGAAGCUGCGUGGGCGCUGACCAACAUUGCAUCGGGGACGUCCGCACAGACUCAGGCUGUAGUCAAAUCCAAUGCUGUACCCCUGUUCCUGCGACUACUCCACUCUCCGCACCAGAACGUUUGUGAACAAGCCGUGUGGGCAUUAGGCAACAUCAUUGGGGAUGGGCCACAGUGCCGAGACUACGUCAUCUCCCUGGGUGUGGUCAAGCCUCUUCUGUCCUUCAUCAGCCCUUCCAUCCCCAUCACCUUCCUGCGUAAUGUCACCUGGGUCAUCGUUAACCUGUGCAGGAACAAGGACCCUCCUCCACCUAUGGAAACAGUGCAGGAGAUCUUGCCAGCUCUGUGUGUGUUGAUAUACCACACCGAUAUCAAUAUCCUGGUAGACACGGUAUGGGCCCUGUCCUACCUGACAGAUGGGGGUAACGAACAGAUCCAGAUGGUCAUUGAUUCAGGCGUGGUUCCUUUCCUUGUGCCACUACUCAGUCACCAAGAGGUCAAAGUUCAAACAGCUGCUCUUAGGGCAGUUGGCAACAUUGUGACAGGGACUGAUGAGCAGACGCAAGUGGUGCUGAACUGUGAUGUCCUGUCCCACUUCCCCAACCUGCUCACACACCCUAAGGAAAAGAUAAACAAAGAGGCGGUUUGGUUUUUGUCCAACAUCACCGCAGGCAACCAGCAACAGGUUCAGGCUGUGAUUGAUGCAGGUCUCAUCCCCAUGAUCAUCCACCAGCUGGCCAAGGGUGACUUUGGCACACAGAAAGAAGCUGCUUGGGCAAUUAGCAACCUGACAAUAAGUGGAAGAAAAGAUCAGGUGGAGUACCUGGUGCAGCAGAAUGUGAUCCCACCCUUCUGUAACCUCCUCUCAGUGAAGGACUCUCAGGUCGUCCAGGUAGUUCUCGAUGGGCUUAAGAAUAUCCUGAUUAUGGCAGGAGAAGAGGCCAGCACCAUUGCUGAGAUCAUUGAAGAGUGUGGAGGCUUGGAGAAAAUUGAAAGUCUACAGCAGCAUGAGAAUGAGGACAUCUAUAAAUUAGCGUUUGAAAUCAUUGACCAAUACUUUUCAGGGGAUGAUAUUGAUGAGGAUCCCAGUCUGAUCCCUGAAGCUACUCAAGGUGGAACCUUCAACUUUGACCCUGCCUCCAGCCUGCAGACAAAGAAGUUCAAGUUCUAGAGCAAAACUGGUCUGCCAGCUGCACAGCUCCUCCCGUCACCUUCAGAACAUCACAAGACUCACUAACCCAACACCGCACUCACCACAGUCACCGCCAUGCACUGAAGGAAUAGAAACUUUCAGGCAUUCUGCCAAUGAUAGGCAUCAACGUUACGGAAUCCAAACAGCUUAAAAAAAAAAAAAAAAAAAAAAAACUCUGCAGUUGCCAAAUGUUUUUCUCACAUACACACAGACUAAAGGAGUACGUGCGCAUGAACAUACAAAAUCACCAUAUCGGUAAAGGAAAGAAAAGCCUGAAGUUGAUGGUUAUUUUUUCCUUUUCUUGCCUUUCCUUCUCUGGAGUCACAUCCAUGUAACUCAAGUGAUCACUGAGUGCACGAGCCACCCUGAUUGAAGUUCCGCCUCCAAGCCGUCACCACAGAGUGUCAGCCACCCUGCAGAGAGGGGCGUGGCCACCCAGGUGGCCUGGCAGCUGUCACCACUUUUCUUAAAUUGGUCUUCUUUUGAAUCAUUGUGGAAGAAUGCCUUUUUGUAUGGGAAACAAUGUAUCAAGUUACAAACAAAAAUACAAUUAGUGAUGACAUUAAAUUUUACUCAAAUUCUGGAAGAUGUGAAGGAGGAGAAAAACUUUGUAGCAUUAAUCUCUGUAGGACUACAAACCAGGAGAUUGAAAGGAAGCAAAAAAGAAAUCAUUGUGUGAAACGUAGAAAACUCUGCUGGAGCUUCAGCUUGAUGGAUGGAGUUUUUUUUCCCUCCUUUUGAAAGACUGAAGUCAUGCUGCACUACUGAUGUGGCAUCCUGUGUCCCUGUUCACCGCUUGCUGGAUAGGAGAGCCGGCCCUCCUCUCCCCCAUCCCUGCCCCUGGAGGCUCAUAAUAGAGUCCUGCUCUGAACAUCCCUCUGAGCAGUCAUCCUCGUUCCUCUCCUCGGGGCACAGUCUUGGCAUCCAACCCUGUUACUGCUAACCUUUCUUUGGCCUCUUUUGUUUUUUGCCCUUUUUUGUUUUAAUUCCCUUUUUAGAAUGAUGUAUUUUAGGUUAAACUUUAACAGUGAUUGGAUAUCUUUUGAUUUAAUCUGUGGAAAUGCCAGGUCUUCAUCCUCCCCCCUCCCGGUCUUGUGCACAGUUAUAUUCAAAUGCUUGCUUUUCUGUCGAAGGCAGGAUAUUUAAAGACUCAAUGAAAUCCAUGACCCAUGACUUUGAAUAUCGCAAUAUAUUUUUUGCUCCGUUAAUGUUUUUUCUUUGACGGUUACCUGCUAAAGACCUAAUUGUACAAAUUAUAUCUUUUGAACUUUGUCAUGUAUAAUAUAGCACCUGUAUAAAUCUGUUGCAGCUGCUAGCCAUUCACUGGGACACUGCAGAUCAAUGCCAUUGUAUUUACUGUCGAAAACCUAGCAAGGAGUUUGCCUCCUGUUGUGCGUAUCGCAAUGACGCAUGGCGCCGUUGUUGGAAAUGGGUUUUCUUGCUGUUGUGACUGGACAUUUUAUCUUCGUCUCCCUGUGCAUUGAAUUGUAAAGGGAUUAGGAAAUUGCUUUUGGACUAAUGUAGUUGCGUCUGGGCUGCUAACUACUGAAAAGAUGUGUGGAAUUGGAGCAAGCAGCCAGAGCUUUCUGGACUAGCAAAGUCAUAACUGAACAAACCUUAGCAGGUGUACAGUCAUGAGCUAGACACGUCUAGACACUUACAGAGCCACUUUAAAGAUUGCAAUUUUUUGUCUUGUAUCGGAAAGUGAUACAAGCUUACGUUCGUUGCAAGAUUUUUACUUGCUGAAGAAAAUUUGUUUUAAAUAGGAAAAAAGCUACAGCAUUUUGGCCUCUGAUUGUUUAUAUCUUUUUAUAAAUUUUAGAUCAAAUUUCUCUUUAAGGUGGCUCGCUGUUCCUUUCAACUCUUGUGCAUAUUAAAGAUAAGAAUGAGUUGAAAUU